CCUCUGCCGACGUCAUGUCAUAUGACUUCACAUGAUUGUAAACAGUUCCAGGUUGGAUGACUGAACCCUCAGGCCGUAGGGUUAAACAACAACCACUAUAUGUGUAUUUUAUGGAGCCAGCGUAGAAUGAGUCGCGAAGUGCUUGCGUCCUGGCUGCGUUUCCUUCUCCCGCGGAGCUGGCAGUAUGGAUCCAAGGCAUUCCGACCCACAGGUCCCCCUACCUGACCUAAAGCCCCCCCAACCUGGCCUACAGGUCCUCUCACCUGCGCACAAUGAAGAAAGCGACGAACCUACAGACUUCAGCUCUGAGGAUACUUCGACUAGAGCUGAGUGCGGACUAACGAAGUGCCGGGGGUCGGACUGCAGCCCAAGCGCCCCUUCGGAAGGCUCUGCACGGCGGGGUCUGGAGGCUGUCAGCCCGCCUGCUCCAUCAACCUCUCCCCUCUGCCUGCCCGGUGUCAUGGAUGCUGAGGGCCGGGUCGACGAGUCAAGGCUGAGGAGUCACAUCUUAAAAAAUGGGGGCGUCUCUCCCGCGGAGCGCGGCCUGGUGUGGCGCUUCCUGUUCGGCAUGUACCCAUGCAGCUCCACGGCGGCCGAGCGCCCCCUCCUGGUGCAGCAGAUGGCGGUGCGCUACCAGGUGAUGAAGAGCAAGUGGCGGCAGUCGGUUCCUGAGGCGGUGCGCCUGCGACUCAACGGCACCGACGCUGAGUUGGAGGAGGCGGUGCGGUACCACGAGCGCCGGCAGGCCCUGCUGCAGGCCCAGGAGCAGCGGGGGGAGGUCAGCGAUAGGCUGGCGUUCCUCCAGCUCCAAGCCCAGGUGUUGUUUGAGCGGACGACCUUUGACCUGAAUGAACUGCAGGAGGCCAUCAGGAUCAUUGAUAAGGACGUGCCGCGAACCGACCGGGACCUUGACUACUUCCUGGGAGAAGGUUCUGGAAAUCUCCUGGUGUUGAGAGAUAUUCUAAUCACCUAUGCUGCUUUUCAUCCAGAGGUCAGCUACGCCCAGGGGAUGAAUGACCUGUGCAGCCGCUUCCUGGAGGUCCUGGACUCGGAGGUUGACACCUUCUGGAGCUUCUCCUGCUGCAUGGAGAAGUUCUCCAAGGACUUCAGAGCAGAUGGCCUCCAUCGAAAAAUAGAGCUGGCAGCGUCUCUCCUGAGGGAACUGGACCCUCAGCUCCAUGACCACUUGGUCACAGAAGGCAAGGAGAGCUUUACAUUCUGUCACAGAUGGCUGCUGCUGGGCUUUCAGAGGGAGUUUGAGCACGGGGAUGCCCUGCGUCUGUUUGAGGUCCUGAGCUGCGACCACCUGGAGCUCAUCUCGCAGCAGGUGGACCGCGCCCGCCACCGGGAGCGGCUGGCCCAGAAACACAGCCCAGAGGACACCGCCCCGGCACCGGCGCCCAGAGCCGUCAACGCGGCCUUCACCUUCGAGCUCUUCAUCUGCGCCACCAUCCUUAUCGACCACCGUGACGCUCUGCUCCGUUGCCGUGACGACGGGCAGCUCAUCCAGUUCACCACACGCCUCCAGGGAACGCUGGACCUGGACAGCAUCCUGAGGAAGGCCGAGGAACACUUCUACCACUACUGUAAGCGCUGUGCGUGGGACUUUAUGAACGGCGACUGCCCGCCCAGCGGGAACAAGGAAGACUUCUUCUAUCCGCUUCGCAGUUUAUUCUUUUGAUUUGAUUAUGGAUAUUAUAACUAUAUAUCACGUGAAGUCUGACUUGGUGCACAGUGUUAAUGGACUGAAGAGGGAUGUAAAUAUUGGGAUUUGGAUAUGGUAAAUAUGUUAACAGGUUCUGUCGUAGGAGUUUGAUCAUCUUAGUUUCGCUCAGUGAUUGGUUCAUUAUGCCUUGAAAAUAGCUGCAAUAUUAUAUAAUCGAUAUAAUCUAUUAUAUAUCACAAAAAUAAUUGUAAUAUUUUUAUACUUUGUGUAUGGAUCUUGUAUAUAAAUAUAUAUAUGGUACUUAUGUAUGGAUAAGUAUAACUCCUAAUGAAUAUAUAUUUGUACAACUUCUAGACUAAUAUAUAAAAUCCUAAACAAAUAUAUAUUAGUAUAACUUCUAGACUAAUAUAUAUUAGUACAACUUCUAGACUGCAGAGCGCUACUUCCUAGUACCUGAGUCCUAGCCUACAGUACUUAUAUUCUAUGUAGCUCUAGCGGCUAGAACAACAGAGUGUGAUGUGCUACACCAGCUGCUGACUCGCUGGGGUCAAAUGUAGGUUGCUGGCGUAAGAUAUGCAAUGCUGCCGGCCACAGGAACCAGAAAGGACUUCCAGUGGGGAGCACGUGCGGACCAUAGGAUUGUUUCACAAUGCACAAAGCGAUUGAAAUAAAGGUCACUUUUUGAUA